GACAUCUGAACAGACUAGUGAAAGAUGAUUGACAGAAAACGCAGAAAAUUAAAUGUAAUUUGUAAAAAAGGAUAUUUGAUAUGUAAAUAUUGUUUUCAUAAUUGUAAAUACUAAACCGUAACAGUGCUGUGAUAUUUGUAAUGGCUGAUGAGGGAUCAGAACGAGGGUCAGAUCAAGAACUUCGAAAAACCCUUCAUAUAAUACAAUCCAUGAUUGAUGUUUCUGCUCAACGAUUAGAAGGACUAAGAACACAAUGUGCUACAAGUGCAGAAUUAACGCAGAAAGAAAUGAGAACUUUAGAGGGAAAACUCAUAACGAUGUUUUCAGAACAAUUGGUAAUAAAAUCGAAAUUAAAAACAGUAUGUGAUGAGCAUAUACCAUCACUUACACAGUGGUUGCAAGUAGUAGGUUUAGAAAAUUCAAGUAUUCUUGGUCUUUGUCAAAGGAUAUCUUCGGUUGAAGAACUCCAAGAAAAACCAGAAAAUGAAUUGAAAAGUAUUUUAAGUGAUAAAGGUUAUAAACCAGAAGAAUUGAAUAAAUUGUGUAGAGCUUUACAUAGCUUAAAAAGAUAUGUCAAUAAACUAAAACGAGGAGAUAAAGAUUGCAAUGAUAUACCCGACCUUCAUUGGGAUUCAUGGGUUCCUGAUCAUCACCACCAAGUAAAAACUGGGUUAUCACCAAGGCCAGGACGAUCUAGAUGUGCAAGAAUUUCUGUCCCAUCUGAAGAGAACUUAGGUUUGAAUAACAAUAAAGGAGGUGCAAUAAUUCCUCCUUCUUCUUCUGUGUCUAGCAUUGACACUUUGAAUGCUCAGUGUAAUGUGCUUGGGCCUCCUUUAACUCCCCCUGGUCAAGGGAGGGGGAAAGGUGCUAAAUUUCCCACCACGCCUCCCGCUAGAAGAAGACAUCAAACUGGCAUUCCACCAUCGUUAUUACCUGAAUAUCCCUUAACCAAAAGUAAGUCACACGAGUCACAACUGGCUGGUCCUAAAGGAGAAAGUGAUUCAAAGCCAAUAAAUGGUACAGGAUCUGUCGGUAGAAGAGGAAGAUUACCUACAGAACCAGGACCAAACACGAUGGGUUAUUCUAGUCCUUUAACUACGAGUCCUAUUAAGUCACCACCAUAUAAUCAUACUUUAGGUGGAGGUGACAGUGAUGAUAAUAGUUAUAAAUCUAUUAGUCUUCAAGUUCCGAAGUCUCCUCGAACUCCAACAGUGCUGGGUAAAAUAAUGACUCAUCAAAUUAAUCACAGAUUCACCAAAACGUUUAAGAUGAUGUCCUCAUGUGGAUACUGUCAAAAACCAAUUUACUUUGGCACUGGCUUAAAGUGUAAAGAAUGUAAAUAUACUUGUCACAGGGACUGUGAAGAUAAAGUGACGCCUUCUUGUGGACUACCUACAGAACUUCUUAAUGAAUUUAAGAAAAAUUUUCCUAUGGACACGGGAACCACAUUUGUGUCUCCAACAAUGGGAAGGGCUAGUGGAAAAAAUAUGAUUAAUUCGUUAACGAGAACUAGAGCUAGAAAAAACUCACAUCCGCAACCAUCAAUAAACACUCCACCAUUUCCACCUCCCGAUUCCAGUUCCAAUACAUCUAGUUGUAAUAGUUCAACGCCGUCGAGUCCUGCAGUUCAGACCUUAACGACCCCUCAUUCUAGUCAAAAAUCUACUUUUCAUUUUCCAGACGUCACACUCGGUGAAACAACGAAUGAAGUGACGUUAGAAACUCACCCGUUACCAAACGUACCUCUCUUUCAUCGGGAUCUAGUAAGUUCUCAACAAUCUACUGACAAUGAUAGAACAGCAUCACAAACCUCAGAAAGUACAAGUACGGAUUCUGACAAGACUCCUGUUCGGGUAGACUCUCAAGAUAGUCAAGUUUCUGAUAGUGAGACUAUUACUGAUGGACAUCGAUGGCCUCGACAGAAUAGUUUAUCUAUGAGAGAAUGGGACAUUCCUUACGAUGAGUUGAAAAUGAACGACAUAAUAGGAACCGGGCGAUUUGGAACGGUCUACCGGGGACAAUGGCAUGGUGAUGUAGCAGUAAAAGUAUUAAAUGUUAAUUAUUUAAAAGACGAAAAAACGUUAGAGCAAUUUAAAAAUGAAGUUUCGACUUUCAGAAAAACCAGACACGAAAAUUUAAUUUUGUUUAUGGGUGCUUGCAUGAAACCACCUAAAUUAGCGAUAGUAACAAGUUUGUCUAAAGGAUUAACUUUGUACACACACAUACAUCUCAGGAAAGAUAAAUUCAAUAUGAAUAAGACCACUAAUGUCGCCCAACAAAUAUCUCAGGGAAUGGGAUACUUACAUGCGAAAGGUAUUAUUCAUAAAGAUUUGAAAAGUAAAAAUAUUUUUGUAGAAAACGGCAAAGUAGUCAUUACAGAUUUUGGACUUUUCAGUGUAACAAAGUUAUGUUUUGGAAAUAGGCGGACGGAUAGUUUAGGCAUUCCUCCAGGAUGGUUGUGUUAUUUAGCUCCAGAAAUAAUGCGUAGCUUACACGCCCACCAACCUCAUGAUGAAGAAUUGCCAUUUAGUAAAGCUUCAGAUGUCUACGCCUUUGGGACUGUGUGGUACGAACUACUUUGUGGGGAAUGGCCAUUCAAAGGCCAACCGCCUGAGGCUGUUAUCUGGCAGGUAGGAAAAGGAAUGAAACAACCUCUUGCCAAUCUUCAAGCAUCUAGGGAUGUGAAGGAUAUAUUGAUGCUGUGCUGGUCUUUCCAUUCAAACGAUAGACCCGAUUUUAUAAGGUUACUCAACAUUCUAGAGAAGUUGCCAAAGAAACGUCUGGCGCGCAGUCCAUCUCACCCUAUCCAUCUUUCUAGGUCUGCUGAAUCUGUAUUCUAAAGUUGUUAAGUAUUUUCAAAGUAUGGUGUACCAUUUGUCCAGUAUGUGUUACUUAAAAAGUAAUUUUAUAGUUAUCCAAUAAAUAUUUUUAAUUAAUAGAAAAAAAUUGAAGCUAUGAUAUUUUCGUGCCAAGAAAAUUCAAGUUUUGACUUUUGUUACACCUUGGCAUCAACCUGAAUUAAUUAUACAUUUUUUUCAUUAGAAUGAUAAAGAACUGAACCAGUGAUUCAUUUUUUAUGUAACACAUAUAGACUAUAUGACAUACAAGUGAUUUUAGUGUGAUUUUUGUAAAUAGAAUAAAUGCAACGUAAAACCUCAUGGAUGUCCCGGUAUUCCUUAGAGGUCAUGUAAGAACGUUAUUUUUCUAGUGUGAAUUUGAAAAACCCUCAUAAAUAUAAUGAAAGGUCUCAUUUUCAAGUUAUCGUUCAGGUUUUAAUGAAUUGUUAGCACAAGUGUCGCACUUCUAAUUGUGAGAUAUUCGUAUUCCCAUACAUUUCAUUAAUCAAAAUAAUCGAAUUUAAGUAAUACGAUAAUUCCACUUAAUAUAUAAAUAAUGUCUUAUAGAACCGUAACUUGUAACUAGUAUUUUUAUUUUAUUUUAAUUUUAAAAUUGUAAAGAGAUCUGUUGUAUGUGCUAGAGCCAGGUAUUUAGACUACAUCUCUUAAUACACUAAUUACGUUUUCGGUUUCUAAAAUUUUAUUUUAAAAUCACAAAUUUAUUUAAAAGUGAAGAAUUAUUUUAACUUCUAAAGACUAUAUCUUAACUUUUACUUUACUUUGACUUCUUCUGAUAAACAUACAUCUUCAUAUUUAUAGAUAAAAACUGCUCAACUUGUACAAUUGUUUCACAAUAAAAAUAAUCUUAUUGAAAACAACGUUUUUCUCUAAGUAAACAUAACUAAUGUAUUCAAUGAACAUACUUGAAUAAUUACAAUGUAACUCACUCUUAGAACAUUAAUUUGUAAUUAAUGCCUAUUAUUUAAGACGGCUUCUAGGAGGUUAAUUUACCGCUUUCUAUGAUUGUCUGCUGUCCCAGGGCAUGCAGAACCUAUAUGUUCCGAUGUUUCACCUGCUUCUCCACAAAACCUGCAUUCGCUGCUGUUUUCAUACUAAUUUUCACGAGAUGUCUACCUAGUGGGUAGGUUCCUAUCGAUUCGGUGAAUUUGAUUCUUGGCCUAUACAUUCCUAUGAAUUCUUUUUGUCAUUCAACAAUACCGAUUUUAGUAAAUCAUCUACUGGGAGCAUUAUUCCAAUCCCAGGCUUAAUAUCGGUACUUUGAGCUAGUUAUCUGUUUUCUGGAGGGUAGGUUGCCAACCCAACCCUCCUUUUUGUUCCGGACUUGGGACCAACAACAGUACCAUUAGGCUACUCAGUCCAUCCAGAAGCACUGCAAAUGAAAUUCAAGUACUUUGUGGAGACGUAGAAGACGAGAUAAGAGGCAAAGUAGUAAAUAAGGUUGCGGAAUGUCUUCAGAAUGUAUUAAACACCUAAAACAAGAAACAAAGGCAUGAAUUUACAAAGCAACAAACAGACCUCUAAUGACCUUUAUAUUAGAAACAAAGCCAGAAAUAUUGAAAACCAAACAACUCUUGGAUACCAUAUAUUGAAAGAUCGAGAAAGAAGUGAAAACAUCAGAAAAUCAGUAACAAAUGGAUAUUACAGCAUAGGAAACAAUGGUAUCAACAAAGCCGAAUAACAAACAAGGGAUAAAUCUCAAAUUGGAGUAGUAGUUGACCAAAUUUUGUGAUUUUUGUAUUUUGCUAAAUUAGCAUUAGAAAAAAUGAUUUCUUUUUAGUUUUUAUAUUGAGAAAUUGAUUACAGUCAUACGUAGAAGUGUAGAACAUAAAUAAUUUAAGAAUUCAUUGUUUUGUAAUAUUUAUCAUCCACAAGUAUCAAUUAAAAAAUAAUCUUGUUGAUAAGUAUCUACAAUGUAUAGAUCAUUAAAUACUUGCUGUUAUUUCUUUUCGUUUUUUGAAUUGCAAUGCACAUACAUUAGGAAGGUGCUUUAGUGUCAUUAAAUAGAAUUUUUUUAUUUAUUUUUAAUUAUGCUUUCAUAGGCGAGGUAUCUCCUGACUAUGAUACCCGAUGUUAGAGGAACUUUUUAAGUUGAAGAGCUAAUCGCAUUUACCCGUAUAUUGGGUACAAAUCAAAUAACUAUGAUCCAUUCACUUUAUUCAGUUUCUGAACAUCAGUGAACGUGUUAAAGUCUAAAUUAUGUGUCUAAAUUUUUAAAAUGUGUAAAUGAGUGUUUUAUCACAUUCAUUUUGUUUUUAUAUGAGUAGUUAACAUUUCUGAUUAUGAAAUAUAUGGGAAUUGCGAGAUUUGUUAUUGUUCGUCGACUUUCUGCAUCUAUCAAAACUUAACACAAUAAAAAAAAAGUUUUAUUGUUUCAACUAUUUAAAAUAACAAAAGACUACUUUAUUUAAUUUUAAAUGAACGUGCUAAAAUUGAUAGGUAAGUAAAGUCGAAAUAAUAAUUCGUGUAGAGUACAAAUAAAUCUGAUUCUAAAAAUGAAAUCAACUGUAACUAUGAAAAAUCUAUUUGUAUGAUGUAAGUUAAAUUUUAAUAUAUUCCAAACUUGUUUUAAACAUUUAUUUAAUUUUGAAAUUGUAAAAAAUACUUUUCUCGCUAAUUAUCUUUAUUAUUUUAAGAUAUUAGCUCUUUUCGGGUACUCAAUACAAACAUUUUGUAGCUGGGGGCCAUUAAACUGUUCAAUUAAGUGUAGAUGCAGUUGAAACUAUUUUUAAUAAAAUAGGUACGGAACGAAGUACUACUUUUUCAACAUAAUAUAUGAUUAUACCGAAAUAGUUUUUAUAUUUGAAAGAUAACUAACACAAUAUUAAUGGUAACAGGAUACUUUUUCUUACCCUUUUUUUAGAUUUAAUACAAAAUUGUAGUAAAUGUACUAUUUUGACAAAAUAAUUACAGUAAAUGUCCAAAUUACUGUUUCAAAUUCAUCAAUUUUAAGACCAAUAUAGUGUAAUUGUUCGAUGUUGACACAUCCCAUUUGGAAGGUUACUAGUUACCAAAAAGCACAUUUGUGGUGCCAAAUGUCAAAUCCGGAACUUAUCAGCCAAUGUAAUAACUCAAUUUUAAAUAAACUUAAUACAUACACCCACGAAGUCUUUCACUUACAUUGUCUGAUAUGCGUUCCAAUAAUUAAGUUACCACUAAUUCCAAUAAUAAAGUUACCAGAUAGCAAAGGUAAUCAGUAGAUCCUGAUAACUUUGUUACCAAAACGCGCACGUAAAUGAAUCUGUUGCUGUACUGGUACUCAGUAUCACCAACUGCUUCAGAAAUUUGCUUUCUAAUAAAAAAAUACGUUUUCGACUCGUAUCUACAUAUGUUUGAAAAGUUCUAUACAAAAAUGUGAAUUUAUAGCACUUUGUGUAAUCGAUAUGUUAGAACAAAAUAAACGAGCUCUUUUUUUCAAGUUACUAGUUUCACGGAACUAAUAAAAGUUUCUACGGUGCAUUGUAUGUAAGCAUAGCAAAACUAUCAUAUGUUAAAGUUUGAAACACAUACAAUUGUUCACUGCAAUAUCGUAAAAAUAUAUAUUAACCCACACGAAAGUGCCUUUUUGUUAGAAACAAGAGGACACGCGCUAAAAUUUGAGGAUAACCAUUGAAUGUUUACCUAAUAUGGUUGAGGUUUAUACUUACUUAUUACUAAUAUUUGUGGGAGAGCUAGAGCUAGAAUUUCACAAUGAUCGGUAAUAUGGAUUUUUCCAUGGUUAAACAUUCAUUUGGUGUCGUUAGUUACAUUCCCAAGCAGACUGACACCUUAGUGGAUACAGGGGGUAUUUCAGACGGGUGAAAGUGGUCAAUUUUCGGGAAAAAUAAACGAUCGAUAACAUGUCUUGAAAUUUGUCAAGAUAUAGUACUUGCCAUAACUAAAAGGAAUACCAAAAGGCUGAUAAGUUAGUGCAUACAUAUGGGUUGGCCGACAAUGGUAAAGAUGGUCAAAUUUUGGAAAAAAACUCUCAGUAAUAUGUCAGAUAUUUUUACUACAAAAUAGUUGAUCCCUUAGUAAUCUAAAUACAAAAGGGCUGACACCUUGGUGGAUACAGAGGGCUGCUAUGCGGGGUUAAAUGUCUUCUAUCUAGAGCGUUCUCAUCAUAUAAGGGCUCUCGUACAUCGGUACCACUCGUUCGAUUUUAACUUAUACGGUCUCAAUUUGUUUGUUUUUUUCUUAUUUAUAUAAACAGUGCUUCAAUAUAUCAAUAAAAAAUGUAUUAAUCGAGAACAAACAUUGAAUAUAAAAAUUGUUUACAUAAAUAUGAAAAAAAAACUGUAUCCACCAGUUUUGGAUUUACACUACUAAGGGAUCAUAGUAAAGAAGGCUAACAUAUUACGGAUUGUUUUUUCCCAAAAUUUGACCCUUUUUACCCUGGUCUGCCAUCCCCUAUGUAUCCACUGAUGUGACACCCCUUUGGUAUUCUUUUUAGUUAUGCCAAUGACAAAUUUUCAGGCAUAUUAUCGAUCGUUUAUUAUCCCCCACUUUCACCCCUCGGAACUACCCCCUGUAUUCACUAGUAUGUCAGCCUGCUUGGGAAUGUAACUAACGACACCAAAUGAAUGUAUUACGAUCAUUGUGAAAUUCCGGCUCUAGCUUUUAGACUAUAGAGCUUAUCUAACAAUUUUAUAGUUUGUUGUCCAAUUUCUUUUUGGUUCUCACUUCACUAUCUAUACGUGGAUGUAAUAAUGUAUUUUUACACAACCAACCGUCCGAGAUAUUUUCUAUUUAAUUUUGCGAAUAAAACGCUCGCUAAGGCACUAGGAGUGCUCGAUGUGGAAGUAGUAGCACCAGACAGAGAAUCUAGUGGAGACAUCUAGCGCAAGUGCAUAUUCCUAGUACUUACUCGUACACACUUUGGUGCUGGUGUGGUUUUUGUAUUGUCAGAGUUUGUAAAAAUGUUUCAGGAGUACAGACAUAAAAGCUGAUUGGGGGUAUAAUCGUCAGAGUACACACACGACAUUUUCGCGUCCCAUACUGGGGCUGCCUCAUCUUAGUACUCGUACAGUUUGGUUUGACAUAACACGAGGGUGCAUCAUCUAUUAUGUGAAGAAUUCAGGACUGACUUAUCUACAUCCAGACACAUUUAAUAAGUCUCGUUACUGAGUAUCAUCAUCAUGCCAUUUAAUCCCUUGUAUUAUGGCUAGCGUCCCAAGCGCUAUAUCCAUUGUGUUAUCCUUAUCACCAUUUCUGUUGGUUUCCUUGGCAUGAUGUGUCCUGCCUAAUUUCCUCUUUGUGCUUUUACAUACCUUAUUAUAUUUUCUUCUCCCAGUUCUUCUAUUUCUUUAUAUUUCUUCCAUUUUAUUUCUCAUCUCCUGUAAUAUGUGGUCCGAGUAUAGUUCUCAGUAUUUUUCUAUCGAUUAUCUUCAGGUCCUCUUCUUCCUUUUUAAUUAUGACAGUUGUUUCCAUGACGUACGCAAUCACUGGUCUUAUUAAUAUUUUAUAUAUUUUUAUUUUGUUUUCUAACUAAUACUCUUGCUUUUGAGUAACUUUUUAUUUUCUCCAAAUGUUCGAUACCCUUUUUGUAUUCUCCCUCUCAUUCUUUCUUCAGAUGUGUGUCCUAUUAUUCCUAUAUAAUUGAAAGAGGAUACCUAAUUCUUUGUCCAUAGGUGGUUCAUUUUGGUUUCGUCGUGUUUUGCUAUCUUCAUGUAUUUGGUUUUUUUUGGUUUAUUUCUAGACCAACUUUUCCUGCUUCUGUUUCCAAUUUGUUGAUUGCCUUUAUUAGUUCUUCUUUUGUAUUAGCCAAUAUUGUUAAAUCGUCUGCGUUUGCUACUGCUUGUAUAUAUGUGGUUUGUUAUAAUAUUUUUAUUAUUUAUUUUUUUGCUCAUUACGUUCUCUAUAUUAAUAUUAAACAGGGAGAGAUCGAGUCGCCUAGUUUGAAUCCAUUGUUUAUUUCUAUAUAGGUAUAAUUACUACAGUAUUCCACUCCUCUGGGAUUUUGUUUUGUUUCCAGAUUGUCUCGAUAAGUUGAUCAAUUUGUUUUUUCAUUUGUUCUCCUCCGUUACUGAGUAUAUGUUUGAAUAUAAUUUAUAGCUUCCAGUAUUUGUACGUUGUUCACAUAAAAAAGGUGGACAAUGUUCUUUUCUCAAUAUAAAAUCCUUUUAGCUAGAUUUUUUCCACUUAUCUUUACUUUUCCUUUUAUGUCCGAAUUGUGCCAUCUAAAAUUUUACUUUGAUUUUAAUUGCAUACUAUUUGUAUUUAUUUCAUUAUUUGCUGCUAUAUAUCACCUCUUUGUGAUAUGUCUGCUAUUCUGUAAAUAUUUAUCCACUUUUAUUCUGAAUUUUUAAAGAGUUAAGUUAAGACCUUGUUAGUUCAAAAUAUUUGAUUUGGAGACAGUUUUGAUUUUGUAAAAUGAGUCUAUAUGCCCAAUUCUAUCAAACGGCUACUGUAUCCGAACUGGUGAAGAGGUUUCCAGAAUAAGUGUAGUUGGUAUAAAGAGUGUUUGGAAUCAUCUGCAGUUUUUACUUUUUCAAAUAAAUUUCGUUACAUUAUUUUUUGUUUUGUAAUAUAUUCUAAUUAGCUUGCAGUAUGGUUUAUAGUUCAAAGACGGGUAUAAUAAAUUAGAUUUGGUCGCAACUUUUUAUAUAAAAUUUAUUCUAAAGCAUUCUCAAUUAUGGUCAUUUUAGCGGUCGAAGCAAAUUACCUAUUUGAAAGCAAUAACAAUAAGGCACAACGAAGUGUUGUCGACUUCCACUUCAUUCCAAAGUUUAAAUAAAAUCUCAGUUUUGAUUUCAAAACGUCCACCAAGCAAAAAUAUAUUUCCUCAGUAAACAUAUGUUAAAAAAAAGGUCAAAAUCAACUGGAUCCAAAAUUAGCCUAUAGCAAGAAACUCCAGAAAUGAUUUAAGCAUAAAGUUAGUUCCAAAUUAAAUUGGUUUAUAAGGAAAGAAUAACCAAAAAAAUUGAAACAUCCACGGAGGGUUGUUCUUUACAAGACAGAAAUUGUUUUUGAGUUUUGGUUAGUAAGUAGAUAAAAUGUUUAAUAUUUUAAUUUUUAUUAUAAAACUAGGAAAAUUGAAAUAUAUUAUUGUAUAUUAUUAAAAGAAACUAUUAUGUUAGAUACAUAUUAACCUUAUUUUUAUUGCUUUUACACUAAGUGUUUCGUAUACGUAACGAAUGGUUUAUAGUAUGAUCUAUGAAAAAAAUAUAUUUUCCUUUUUGUUCCUACUACUUCAUAGUUUAGGUUCGAAAUUAUUGAAUACUUCAUUCGGUAUUUAUUCAAAUAUCAAUAACUCUUUAAGUUUGAUUUGAUGAUGAAAAGAACUCGUUUAAAUAGUUUUUUAUGUAGAGAGUGUUGAUGAAUUGUGAUAUUCAUAUGGUUGGUAUCUGAUAUGUAUAUUUUUGAAUAUAAAGAAAUUCAAAUAUUUUUCAUAAUAAUUGUAAUAGAUUCGAAACAUGUGUAACUGGUUAAAAUACUUAAAUCUCUAGAUUUUUUAAUAUGUUGUAAUAAUGUAAAAUGGCUUCUCUUAAAUUAUUGUUAUCUGUAUCAGUAUUUUUGGGUUUCUGUUUCGAUAGUUUUAUUAUCUACUUCAACUUGCGUUUCAGUAGGAAAUAAACAAUAGCUAUUUCCAAUAUUUUUUUAGAGGCUCUACAGUCUUGACAGAUUAAAAAAAAUUCAUUUGGUAUUAAGAAAUAUUGAGCUAAUAGUGAUUUUUUAAAAUUAUUUAUCAAUAUAUAUUUUGAUAGAUAAAAGUGUCAACGCGCUUAUUGCGAUUGAAAUUUAUUAUUAGAGGUUACCUGUUGCAUAUUAUAGAGUUACAUGAAACGUUUCAAGAACUUCUUACAGCUAGUAUAAGGUAACAUCAUAAUUUCAGGUUCACCAGAUUAUCAUCAUCAAAAUUUGUCUUUGAAUUAAAACAUUACAGUUGGAGGUAUCCUUAUCUUCUUUGUAUACAGACAUUUAAGCUCCGAUAGUUGUACAAUUUUUACACCUCCAGGGAAAUGCAGAUAAGAUUUUUUGUCUCUAAUAUAUUUAUGUUGCCCCAUCUUUUGGUUGUAAAAUUUAAAUUCAUAUUUCACAUAACUUAAUAUUUUUUUCUUUUUUUUUUGCGAAGUUUAUUUAAUUUCUGUAAAUUGUAUGGGAGAGAGUAGUGUUAGAAACAUUUUUUGAGAGACACGAGUGACACAAGAUGAAUGGAGAAGAAGAACGAAUGCUGAGAUUAAAAGGUUAUAUGGUCAGGCAGGGAUCGGCUAUAUAGUGAGGGCAAAAAACUGCAUUGGUUGGGGCAUAUGGCCAAAAUUGAAAAAAAAAGGUAGGUAAAAAGAGCCUUAACAAGUGGAAAAGGUGCAAAAAGAAGAA